UUUUAAACCAUUGGUGAAAGAUAUAUAAUAAAAAAAAUAAAUUUGAAGGUAAAAGUAGUAUCCAUGACUUAAUUUUCAAAAAUAAAAACAAAAGAUAAAAUGAUUAUUGGACCUUUAACUAUUAGCAAUUUUCUAUGCGUAUAUGAUCUAAAGUACCAAUGAUGGCAUAGUUUUGUUUUGUUUAUGAUAUGAAUAUGCAUUACCCCAUAUACCACCUGUGUAAAUAUUCCAUCUUUUUAAGUUUCUGUCUCAAAUCUAUCACUUCAACGCUUCAUGUUUUCUCAUAUUUUAUAAAUAUGAAACCCAAGUUGGUCAAAUUAAAUAUUAAAUUGAAAACUUAAAAAGAACUUAGAGGUUUCUACACUUUUUCCCCCAAUAAUAAUAACGACGACGACAAUAAUAAUAAAUACUUGCCCACGCAUCAGAAUGUUCAGUGAUUCAAAAUCAUUAAUGGAGUUUAGUGAUUAAAAAGAUACUUAUUAAAUGUAAUAAAAAGGGAGUAAAUGAGCUACUUCAACUAUUGUAAAGGUAUGUGUAAUUGACUUAGAAUUGUGUGGUUCAAACCUCACCCUAUCUCGAUUGAGUCAUAUUCAAGUUAGAGAUAUAUGGACAAGUAUUAUUCACUUCUCUAUGGAAAAGUGAAUUUUAUGUUUUCUUGCAAUUCACCUAGUUUGCAACGGAUAAAGAAGAAAAUAUAAAGACAUAGAAAGAAGAGAGUUUUUCUUUUUCUAUAAAUAAAAAAAAAUGAAUAAGGAUCUAGUGAGUAAAAGUCAAGAGAAGAACAUUUGAAAAGGAAAUAGACGGAAAAAAAAAAGUUUAUAUACUAUAAUGAUGUAGGUAGUAUUCAUAUUAAUUGAUUGAUUGUCAUGUUAGAAAUCAGCAUAUUCCAAGAAUGACGUCUCGAUCAUAUUAGAUAAUUCACUAUACAUUUCUCGAGAUAGAGUAGGUAUCUCUUUCUAAUAUUUUAUAAUUAACAAACAUUUUCCUCUCCUUUUCUACAUUUUCUUUGUUCUUCAACUAAUCAAACCUUCCCCCACCUGGAAAACCAUAGGAGUCUUCCUCUACCAAAUCUUCAUUUUCAAAAAUGAUAAAUUUGUCCCUAUCUUUGUCCAUUUGUCCUCCCUCAUUUCCUAUAAUAUUCCCAAUUCCAAAAAGCACAUCCACUCAAAAUCCCACAAAUUUCAGGAAGACCCAGUAAAAAGUUUGAAAAAAGGAUCCCAAUUCAGCCCUUUGAUUUAAAAAAAAUAAUUGUUUUGUUUAUCAAAUAUAGGCUCUGUGGGUAGUUGUUGAAGAACUGGUAAAGUUUUUCCACUAGUUUUCUCUUUUUUUUAAUUUCCUUACUCUGUUUUAACAAUCUCUUACAGAUUUAGAAAGCAAUUUCAUUUCUCCUUCCAUUUUUCCUCAACUUCCUCCCAUGGCUUUCAUUCUUAUUUGCUUCUUUACAUUCAUCUUCUCAACCUCAGCUUCUAAAACAUUCAAGGACUGUGCUCCUAGAAAUUGUGGGCAUGGCCCCGUUAUAAAAUACCCCUUUUGGAUAGAUGGUGUGCAAGAUUCUUCCUGUGGAUACCCAGAUUUCAAAAUCAAAUGCUCGAGAGAUUACCCAGUUCUCGAAAUUUCCGAUGAAGAUUUUAUCGUCGAAGACAUUUUUCACCAGACCAAUUCGUUUCUGUUGGUCAGUGCUGCAGCUCGUGAAAAUUCAUGCCCACUUCCCUCACAUAAUAUUAGCUUAGAUGGAAAACCAUUCCAUUCUACUUCAGAUAAUGAAGAUUUCCUCUUCUUCUAUGAUUGUCCAUUAGUUCACAAAGAUUACAUCUAUCAACUUGACUGUAUUAACAACAAAACCCACUGUUCUUUUGCGACUUUCCACAAGGAUCUUCUGGAGUUUCAGAAUUUUCCCUUACGGUCGUGUCGUUCUUCGAUUCGUGUUCCUGUUUGCAAGAACUCGACUGCUAAUGUAGCUGAUUUAAGUGAAAUGAGUUAUGUUAAAAUUUGGAAGAGGGGUUUUGUUCUGAAGUGGACUGCACAGGACUGCAGCAAAUGUGAGAAAAGUGGUGGCUAUUGUAGAUUGGAGAACAAUGAGUUUGUUUGUUCUUGUAGCGAUGGAACUCAUUCCAAUAGCUGCGAACAUGACGAUGGCAGGACCAGAAAAAGGAUUAUCAUUGGGGUAUGCAGUGGUGUUGGAGCCUUGCUUUUAACCUUUCUUGUUCUUAUCAUCUGCUACCGACGGCGCCAGCUUCGUCGUAAAAGGUCUCACAUGUUACCGUAUGUGCAACGAAGCAUUCCGUCGAAUCAGUCAAAUCCCCCAAAUCCCUCUUCUGUGAAAGAAAAUGAGAAUGGAAAUACCUACUUGGGGGUUCACCUCUUCACCUACAAAGAACUUGAAGAAGCCACAAACCAUUUCGACUCCAACAAAGAGCUUGGGGAUGGAGGUUUUGGCACUGUGUAUUAUGGCUUACUCAAAGACGGGCGUGCCGUUGCUGUCAAACGGUUGUUUGAAAGCAAUUUUAAGAGAGUUGAGCAGUUCAUGAAUGAGGUGGAGAUCCUUGCUCGGUUGCGCCACCGCAACCUCGUUUUGCUUUACGGUUGCACCUCACGCAGUAGCCGUGAGCUUCUGCUUGUGUACGAAUACGUCCCGAAUGGCACAGUAGCUGAUCACCUCCAUGGAAAACUAGCAAAGCCAGGCAAGCUUCCAUGGUCUACAAGAAUGAAGAUUGCUAUAGAGACUGCAAGUGCUUUGGUGUAUCUCCAUGCUUCGGAAAUCAUCCACCGUGAUGUCAAAACCAACAACAUUCUCCUCGACAACAACUACUGUGUGAAAGUAGCUGAUUUCGGAUUGUCCCGUCUCUUCCCGCUCGACGUCACACAUGUUUCAACUGCUCCACAAGGCACUCCAGGCUAUGUCGAUCCAGAGUACCAUCAGUGCUACCAACUCUCUGACAAAAGCGAUGUCUUCAGCUUUGGUGUGGUACUUGUUGAGCUCAUAUCAUCAAUGCCUGCUGUUGACAUCACAAGGCAUAGACAAGAGAUCAACCUGUUCAACAUGGCCAUCAACAAGAUCCAAAGCCGCACAUUACAUGAAUUCGUCGACCCAUCACUCGGUUUCGAAUCAGACUACAAAAUCCAAGACAUGAUAACCAGCGUAGCCGAGUUGGCGUUUCGAUGCCUGCAGAGCAUAAAAGACGAGCGACCAACAAUGAUGGAAGUUCUCGACACUCUUAACAUCAUACAGAAACCGAAUACCGAGAAGGCGACAGAUCGAGACGCUGACAUUUCCGAUGAUGCUGUGUUGCUAAAGAAUGGCUAUGGAUCUUCUCCAAGUUCCAUAUCUGUAUCUUGGGUUAGCAGUAACACCUCAACAGCAACUAAUGAAACCAUCAGCUCUUAAACCCCUCUCUUCUUCCCUCCACCAUUAGAUUACCAUUUGUAAACUACUUUUUAAUUAUUCCAUUUCCAUCUCCAUCUUCCUCAUCAAUCUAUUACUCUGAUGGGCCAACAUUCAUUGAAUUGA